AGCCCCCCCCUCCCCUCUCUUCUUCCUCCUCUCUCCCACUCCACUGCGACUCGGAACCACCAUCCCCUCGCCCCCGUUCAGGUCUCGAAGAAUUCAAAAACCCUUCCUCCGAAUCAAGAACCGUCAAAAGCCCAGGAGCUUCGCCGGAGUCCGGCGUCCUCCUCCGCCAUCGCGUAGGCGGCGCCAGACUCGUCUUCAAGAAAGAGCUCUUGCAUCAUCGAGAACUCGAGCACGGCUUCGGAGGGUGAACCUGUUGCAGGAGCGGCCGGCAAUGGCGUUCUAAAGCAUCGAAUCGCCGAGGGAACGAUCUUGAUGAGAAGAAAAGGUGAUUUCGGCUAGACUCGUCUUCAAGAAUGAGUUCUUCCAUUACCGAGAACUCGAAAGGGGUGUCCAAGGGCGCUUCAAAAGCAGGAGCGGUCGGCAAUGGUGAUCUAAAGGAUUGGAUCGGUGAAGGGAAGAAUCUUGAUGAGGAGGACAAGAACAAGUUCUUCCAUCUCCGAGAGCUCGAGCGCGGUUUCCAAGGGUGAUCAAAAGCAGGAGAGGUCGGCAAUGGCAAUCUAGAGGACUGGAUCGGUGAGUGAAACGAUCUUGCUGAGGAGGAGACGAAGGCAAGUUCGGCCAGAGUCGUCUUCAAGAACGCGGUCGCUAUCAUCGAGAACUCGAGCGUGGCGUCCGAGGGCGAUUCUGAAGCAGAAGCCGCCAGCAAUGGCGAUCUGGAGGAUUGGAUCGGUGAGGGGUACGAUCUUGGUGAGGACGGGUCAGACACGUCUUCAAGAAGAGCUCUUCCAUCACUUGGAAGUGGAGCGCGGUGUCCAAGGUUGAUGCUACACCUGGAGCGUUCGACAACGGCGAUCUAAAUGAUUGGAUCGGUGACGGGGACAAUCUUGGUGAGGAGAAGAAGGCGUGUUCGGGAGACAGGCUAGGUAGUGGUGAAGAGAAUGCCGACUUCGAAGAUGGCUGCAAAAUUUACCGAUCCGAAAUGUAUGACCUUGCCUUUUGUAGGUAGCAGAAGAAAUCUAGUUCAAAAGCACGAGCAAUCGCAGUUUCUAACCGCACCAAAAGGGCCAUCUUUUAGAACUGGUCAUCAAAUUGAAGAGAAAAACGCGGGAUUCCGAAGAAUGAGUGAGGGGCAGUCGGCGUUACCUCGUCUCUCUCUUUCCGAUGUCGAUUUCCGAUUUCACUCGCAGAAGGACAGAUUGAGAGCGAGAGAGGAAGGGAUGGGCAAUUUAUUGAGUUUUUUCAUCAACAAGGAGCCUCCACCGCCUAUGGUUCUGGUUCCCCCAAUGUUCGAUUUCCCUCCCCUCGCGGCUCGCAUCAGGAUGUUAGUUCCAGCUUAUGACUUACUAUUUGGGAAGCUUGCAUUGCGUUCCCCUUUUGAGGACUACUUUGAGCAAGCGAAUCUCAACACAAGGAUCAUGCUAAAACCAUCGGAAGAUCCUUGUGUGGAUUUAGUUGCAACCGUGUCUGGUCCCCUUGAUCAGAGAUCUGGGAAGGCUGUUGAAGGAAAUGCAUUAUUCCGCUGGCAAAAGGACUUGGAUGAUCCACAGACAUUUAUGGACCUUAUGGUAUCUACUUCUGAUCCCAUACUGCGUUUGAGGUCAUGCACUUACUAUCCUAGAUAUCAGUUUGCGGCUUUUGGUAUAUUUCCUCUGCUAAUAACAAGAAGGGUAUAUCCAGAAGAUUAUGGUGUUAUGGGCUUGAGAUAUGGUUCAGAAAAUCUAUCCAUUGGGACCUCAUUUACAUCAUUUCCUUUGUCCGGUGAUACUCCAAUCUGCACAUGGCUAGUGGGCCGGGCUGGGAGAUUAAGUGUAGGAUUGAAGUAUAGCCCACGUUAUGAAAGCAAACAACAUAUUAACUUCAAAGACUUGAAGAACUGGAGUUGUGCUAUUGGCUAUCGCUUAGGUUCAAGCAGCCCACUGUGUCCUUCAUUUAAUUUUGGUCUUGAGUUUGCUAGAAGUUCACAGCUUAUUGCAUCAUUCUAUCAGCAUGCUGUGGUGCAGAGAAGGGUGAAGAAUCCGUUUGAAGAAAAUCAAAUAGUUGGAAUUACAAAUUAUAUUGACUUUGGGUUUGAGUUGGUGACAAGAAUCGAUGGAGACAAGUCAUUAGAGAGUGUGGAUGAAUCCUUAUUCCAAUUAGCUGCAUCUUGGCAAGCUAAUAAAAACUUCUUACUGAAGGGAAAAAUGGGCCCUUUCAGUUCUUCUGUAGCUUGUGCAUUCAAGUCUUGGUGGAGACCAUCCUUUACAUUCAGUGUUACUGCAAUUAAUGACCGUUUGCAUGGGACAACAUCAUAUGGAUUUGGAAUCCGAGUUGAAGAUCUCAGAGAACCGAGUUAUCAAAGGGCUGAUCCACAUUAUGUGAUGUUGACGCCAAACAAAGAGCAUUUGGCAGAAGAUGUUCUUCGGAAUUUUGGAAAGCGGCCCAUGUUUCAAAAGGAAAUAGACUCGGGAAAUUUCGAGCACUUGCCAAGGGAACCGAGACCCAUUGGCAAGAUCUUCUGAAACUUCAACUUGGGCCAGAACAGGAAACUUGACAGGUAAUGCCUUGAAUACUAGAAACAUCUAAUUCUUCUACAGAGGGAUGCAAUUAAAGAAUGCAGUAACCUAAAAGAAUGCUGGUCAUUAAAUCUUGCUCCGUGAAUCAGCACAGGUGGGCUUGUGUGUGUGUGUGUGUGUGUGUGUGUGUCUAUGGGUAUGCUUGUGUGUGUGUGUGUCUAUGGGUAUGCUUGACCAGCACGAAUCAUGGAUACGGAUGUUUAUAGGGCAAUUUUGUCUUUUUCUUUCAAGUACCCUAGUACUGAUGACGGUGAUUGGGCAAAAAAGUUUGAAUGUGUUUUGGUCAUAAGUAUUUAUUUAAUAAAUUAUUUGUGCUGAAUUUGUUAACAUAAAUGGGAGCCUUUGCUUUUGCUCUCUUUAACAUCCGUUCAAGGAAAAUGAACCAAAAAGAUAUUGGGCGAUGUGCGUGGAUACAAGCCCAUGCAAGUUACCAUGAAAAAAAUGGAUCCGGCAGGAUCUGGAGGGGAAGAGGGCUCCGGGGGAGCAGGAGCUGAGAGGGAGAGGACCAGGGAUCAACGGCCCUCGAUUAGAAACAAAAAAAGAAAAAAUGGUCAGAUCCUUGUUAAUCCCGCUGGGUUCAGGCCCGCGAUUCUGGUGAUAUCCUCCUCUCUUCUCUCGCUGCUUCCCUAUCUUUUCCUCCGGCGAUCUCUCUGUCCUGCCGGAUCCGGCGGAUCGUUUCCACACAAAACUCGUUGAUAAGCAGAUGUGUUUUGUGCUCGAACAAGAGGCUUCCAUGAUCAAAGUAAUCGGAGCUUCUUUCUCCCAGAACUGACGCCAUUCCUUUCUAAUCUAAGCGGGGAGGAAGAAAGAGUCGUUGGCGCCAAUGUGGGAGAAAAAAAAAAAUCGACAGAUCCUCUACAACCCAGUUCCAGAAACUUGUGAUUGGUAGCAAGGGAUGUAUUUUUCUCUCUUUUUAAUUCUUUCCCCGGCAACAAGAAAAUAGAUAGAUGGAUGCACUUGAGUUGUGGUGGGGGAUUUAAAAUAUUAAUUUAUUCCAAACAGAAAAACAGAAAUAAAUGAUAUUUUUCUAUUCCAAUAAAUAAGGCCCAUCAAACAUUUAGUACAACGGUAAUAAGAAUCUAGGCAGUCCAAACAUGAUAAGGGAUUCAAACAAGGUGAUAUGUUUUUGAUAAGUAUAUAUUGAUUGGUGAGAUUGCUAAUCUUCUGAGCUGUGUUUAUGUUGGUCCUGCAAAUGAAACCGGUCCAACUCAACUGGACGAAGGACGAUCGAACCGAACAAGAUAGUGCCAGGUUCUAGCGACAAAUCCAACACUUUGAAAUGUGAUAGCAUCACAGAAGUCAACAAAGAUUGUUAAGAGAGUAAUGGUCAAUCUAAAUAAAUAAUUACAAGUAACCACCUUUAUAUCUCGUAAAAGGGGAUAAGAUUAAGUCGUUUGCACUUUGAGAGAGCACAGUUAAACACAUGAUCCAAGUCCGAACAGCCCUGAACCACCUUAUCCCAGAACAAUGUAAGCUUGUAAUGGUCUCAAACCAAUCCAUGUAAGCUACAACACUCAUCGUAUUUCUCUUUUUCAUCAUGUGCAAAAAUAAAUAA